CACUGCCUAAUACCUUGAUACCGAAGAAAAAUCCAGAACUCUCCACUUUGCUCUUUUUUUAGCUUAAACUUUAUAUUCCUACGCUUCCGUUUUCAUCAAUAAAAGGCGAGAGCUUCAAUCCAACCCCAGAAGAACACAGGCAAACAAUCCUAGCUUUCAAAAACUAAAAAGAAGAGAAGAUGUUCUUUUUCUUUGUGGGUGGAUUAGAGCAACAAGCAAGACAAGUGCUGAAAUCUGGUGUGGGAAGGUGCAUAAACUGUGGUUCCAGAGCUGAUCUUGUGGAGUACGAGAAAGUAUUGAAGCUUUUCUUUGUGCCUGUUUGGACAUGGCCUGGGAAAGAUCCACUCUUGCAUUGUAACAAUUGCAAACUUUUCUUCCCUGAGGAUUUGUCUUUUCCACCUCCCAAGAUCGAUUCUUCAUCUGCUGCCGUUUCAGAUUCUCUGCGUUGCCGUUUUUGUGACAGGCUUGUUGAGCCCGAGUUCAGGUAAUAGCAUACAUGAACCUGGUGAAGAUGUGUUGUGGUCGAAAUUCCAUAUCAAUAGGAUAAUGGUUCCAGUAUCCUUGGAGCCCUGAUGACGGUGUCAAGAACUUCACCAAACUGAGAUGUUCGAAUGCCACAGUAAGUAUGCAACACAAAUAAGGAAGAUACUCUAUUUUAACACUGAAAUAAAAGAAGCAAGGAAGAUACUCUGUUUUAACACUGAAAUAAAAGAAGCAAUGAAAUUGUAGAUGGCAGUUUUAAAUAUUUUCCAUCUCAUGUGUAUCCUACUCUGACAUAUAUAUUCUACAACUGGUUAAACACAUUGAUGGACUGGAUAUCAGUGAAAGCAUAUCUAGUGUGUAAACCAUUCAUCAGUAUAUGUCUUUCCUUUUCAGAAAAAUACGAUACCGAGUGGCUUUAAACUUCUUCAAAUCUUACUAAUGAUGGUAGGUACAUUGGAUAUGACCUUCGUUCACUGAACCAAGGUGCAGAGGACAUGCUCUAUGUGCACAGGUGUUCUGGACACAUCCUGGAUUUGCCAUUGUUUCCACAAAAAAUAACCCAUGUCUCGAAGCAAUCAAUUUGAAUCGGAACGUAUUGUGAUUAUUCUUUUUUUACUAUUAUCAUUAUUAUGAUACUUAUGGUAAUUAAUUCAAGUCUGACCCAGAAUCAUUGGAUUUUUCUGUAAUCCUUGUUGUUGCUUGCAUCUCCUAGUAGAAACUAUAAGAAUAACAGUUUAUCUACCUCGCAGUUCCAUUAA